AGCGAGGCCGCCAGUCCCUGGCAGUCCCUUGGAGGCCUUCCAGGCGGGCGCCGCCACCUCCCUGCCGCCACGACCCAACAAGACCCGCGAGCCCCGCGUCGCGUCGUCGCACCGCUCGUCGCCGACCUAAGACGACCUGAGAGGACGCCCCCGCCCAUGGCAAGAUGGUCUUCCUCGACUUGUCCGCCGCCGCCAGGGAGGCGUACUUCCGGCAGACGGACGACUGUCUCAUUCCGGGGUACACGGGGCACUGCCCCAUGCUCAAGUUCCGCUUCGGCAAACCGUACGGCGCUAACACCAAGGACAUCCUGAGGGAGCUGCGCGAGCGUGCCAGCCCCGGUUCCCUGGGGUCGCAGUUCCGCUACGGCGAGCCGCACUACCCCACCGAGUUCCCCCUUCGCCGCGUCCACAGCGAGGACCCUGGCCACCGCGCCCACGGCGACCGCGUGGCCCCGCUGGGCGCACAGCGGGCGCGCCCGUUCGUGCUCGGCUACACUGGCUUCAUCCCCGGCAUGACGUUCCGGUACGGCACGUCGUUCGGGCGCGCGGCCGACGCGGCGCUGGCGCUGCUGCAGGCGCGCACCGUGGAGCAGGCGGCGCGCAAGGCCAGGGCCGCCCGGGACGUGCAGGCGAACCCUCCGCCGCCGCAGCUCAGCAUCCGGGGCCGCGACGUGAUCCCCGAGGCCAUCGCGCAGCCCGACGCCUUCAGCGCCGACCGGUACAAAGACAGCCACAUCUCCGCGGCGCUGCCACCCAUCGCGGGCUACACGGGGCACAUCCCCGGGCUCAAGGGCACGGAGGCCAGCCUGUCGCAGCGCUACCACACCGCCGUGACGCGGGGGCUGCGGCAGCUGGAGCACGAGCUUCAGCUGCAGCGGCAGUCGCCCACGCACGCCGUCGCCCUCUCCAGGACCGCCAGGACGCCGCACUACAACGCGGCGCAGCCCUAGAUGGCGCAGACCUGUACUGUGUGUCAGCGGCCUAGCUGCCGGGCCGGGAGAGGCUUAGAGAUACCAAAGGGCGCCUGGAAAGUAGGCCGCGCACGUGACGCCUUUGACGUUGGGCUGGGAGAGGUCACCACAGCGCGCGACCCACCGAUACGCCGAUACUCCGCGCUCAAGAGGCUGCCGUUGCUAUCCUGGCGAUCUCGGGGUGAACCCCCGGAACACAAUCACGAAUCUCAGAGCUCAGAAUCUGUAAAACAGCAGUUUGACCGCGAAGGUUCAGCAGCCGCCCGCCUUUCGCCGCGUUUAGCGCCUGUGAGGUAGGCCACAAUCUCGUCCCGUAAAACACCGGCGCGGAGACGGUGGCCUACCUUGCCCCUGCGAUGACGACAGGGGCGAGGUAGGCCUCCCUCCCUGCACCAGUGUGUUGCGCGAUAGGCAGAUGGCCUACCUCACAGGCGCUAAACGCCACAACCCAGCGGUUCUACUGAGAAACCCUCACGAUAAGGCAGCACUCGUGUGGCCGCAAACAGGGGCAGUACCCAACUUAACGACGUUGAUUGUUUGUGGAUACGUGGAUAGGUUGUCGAAUAAGUAGCAGGUUAAAUGUCUAUUUUCCAGUGCCAUAUUCACCCCAAAACCGUUCCGUGUUUUGUUGGUGUGAGUGAUAGACACAGUCCAGAGAAGACAAGUGUUGCGUUUCGUGCUACAUAGUCACCUCCACGUAUUGAAAAACGCAACAGAUCACUGAACCGUCAUGUGAGUUCGCGUACUCUGACAAAAAAGCGAAAAUAUUAUAUUUUUUUUGAAAACUUAGUGGACUACCCAGAUGAGAGCCCCGAAUUAAGCACCUGCGGCCUGCACGGUAGGCAAGUCAUUCGGCAAUAAUCGGCCGUGCCGAAGGGGCGGAGUCGAAAAUUUCAGACUGUGGCUCUGAGGACGCGUUUGCGAUCGUGGCUGUCCCUAGCGAGUGAGCGUAGUUAUAUCCAUCCGUUGUGUGGAAUUUCUGGAACAUCAGUCGAAUUGUAAGAAUGUGUGAAGUAUCUGCUUCUUCUCAGAUCCUGUUCCUCCCUCUACCAUAACUAUCACAUGUCCAACUUAUGUCAAUUCCUCCCUCUCUGUCAUCAGACCUACAAAUUGACAAUUCAUUAAAUUCAGGCUGUCUUGUCGAAGCCAGCAAUGAAAUAUGUUUCCUCAAUGUUCAAAGAAAUCCU